UCGAUUUUCUCGAAAACAAAGCCUCAAACGAAAAAUUGUUAUUCUAUAUUUUCGAUUUAAUUUUCAUGUAGAAUCACCACCUUUUCGCUUGUACCACCAGUUACCGAUCAUCCUGUAUAACACUGAUGAAAAUUAUUUUUCAUAUCGUUUUUUUAAUACGUCAUCGUACGCCACCUGCAAUGAUAAGAAAUGGCGAAUGUGUGAUUUGUUAAAAUUAACUCUAAGUAUUUAAAAAUACAUCAAUAUCAACGAGAUGGAUAAAGUACCUUUGGAUGACGAACCCGCGGUAAAUUUUCAAACAGCUACCUUAGAAAUUGCUAAAGAUCCAGAAAGUAUCGAUGAGUUAACCACUGCAAAAUUAGAUACAGAAGAUAGUUCUAAAACCACAGAACAAGUUCCAUCUAUUAAAGAUAUUUCCUACUUUCCAUUUAAAAAUGUGGACGUACAUACUUUCUUUACUGAUAGAAAAGAAGUGGUUGAACGCGCAAUAAAUGAUUGCCAAGAAUUUUUGAAGGAUGUCAGUAGCAAUGACAUUGUUGGAAGCUGGCUUUUAACUGAAAUCAGUUUGUGGGAUACCGAAAAAGAAAGGCUUGUAUUGCUUACAAGUACAUAUCUUUACUCUGUGAAAUAUGAUUUUAUUUCAUUAAAAAUAUUGGAGUAUAGUAAAAUACCUUUAGCAAAUCUUGACACGGUAGUUAUAGGCGAACUGAUUUAUCCUAUAUCAUCCCUUGCCCCACGAUUAAAUGGUUUGGCAGAAGUAAUGUCAUACGUAAUUAAUUGUGCCGUACGUCAAGAAUGGUCAUCACUCACUACAUGUUCCAAUCUUACUCAAUUUGAGCCUAGAAAGCGACAUAUGUUAGGCACACGAUUAAUGUGGAAUAAAGGUCAUCCGCUAUCUCUAAGUAAAAAGUGGAAUCCAUUUGCAAAAAAUAUACCAUGGCUUACGUAUGCGAGUCAUCCGUUAUUUUGGCAUAAAGGUUCUGAAAUGGACAAGACAAAAUUUGACGUAGAAGCUAUGCAUGCAGCAAUUUUAAGUUUAUUACCAGAAGAAUGUAACAUGGUGACUGGACCUAUAAUUGUAGAAAAUUACUGCGGUAUUGGUGCAUUGGUACAUAAUAAAAAUGCUUUAGGUUUUUUCAAGGUUCGAGGUAAAGUAAGUUUUUAAAAAAAACGUUCCAAAAUUUAUGUAUAAAUGUUUAAUCUAAUUCAAGUAUUGCUAGAAGUAUUAAGAGAACUUAAUGCUAUAUAGUUUGUCCUACUAUUGUCAUUGUUCUACUAUUUUUACAUUCUGUAUUUAAAUAUCUCAUUAUCUAUAUAUAUUUUAAAUCAAUAGAAUGCUACUAUUUUACUACUAGUCACAUAUCUAAUUUUUAAUAA